CCCCCAUCACUCCUCUCCCCUCCUCCAUCCCUCAUCCUCUCCUCCUCCUCCUCUCAUGGACAUGGCCGGCCUCGUCGCGGGCUCGCACCAACGCAAGGAGUUGCACGUGAUGCAUGGCCACGAAGAGCCUACGGAGAAGAACAGCCGGGUCGCGAAUGCGAGAACAUGCCGGGUUUGCGGGGACGAGAUCGGGCUCAGGGGCGACGGCGAGCUGUUCGUCGCGUGCCGCGAGUGCGGCUUUCCGGUGUGCCGGCCUUGUUAUGAGUAUGAGAGGAGUGAAGGGAACCAAUGCUGCCCGCAGUGUAACACUCGCUACAAGCGCCAGAAAGGGUGCCCAAGAGUUGCAGGGGAUGAAGAGGAAGGAGCCGAAAUGGAUGACUUUGAGGAUGAGUUCCAAAUCAAGAGCCCGAGAAAACCUCAAGAACGUAUUAAUCACUUCGAUGUUAACUCGGAGAACGGCGAGCCGACGACGGCGGCGGUGCAGCAAUGGCGGCCCGGCGGGCCGGCACUCUCCUCCUUUGCAGGAAGUGUUGCUGGUAAGGAUCUGGAGGCAGAGAGGGAGUUAGAAGGUAACCUGGAGUGGAAGGACAGGAUAGAGAAAUGGAAGGCAAAACAGGACAAGAAUGGGGUGGUGAACAAAGAUGAUGCAGAAAAUGAUGAGGAAAAUAAUGAUGAUGCUGAUGAUUACCUGCUGAUGGCGGAGGCGCGGCAGCCGCUGUGGCGGAAGGUGCCGAUUCCGUCGAGCAAGAUCAACCCCUACCGCAUCGUCAUCAUGCUCCGCCUCGUCGUCCUCGCCUUCUUCCUCCACUUCCGCCUCACCACCCCGGCCCGCGACGCCUACCCGCUCUGGCUCAUCUCCGUCGUCUGCGAGGUCUGGUUCGCGCUUUCUUGGAUUCUCGACCAGUUCCCUAAGUGGUCCCCCGUAACCCGGGAGACCUACCUCGACCGCCUCUCCGCGCGGUUCGAGCCGGCCAACGGCCAGCCGGACCGCCUGGCCCCCGUCGACGUAUUCGUCUCGACCGUCGACCCCCUCAAGGAGCCGCCCAUCAUCACCGCCAACACCGUCCUCUCGAUCCUCUCCGUCGACUACCCGGUGGGCAAGGUCAGCUGCUACGUGUCGGACGACGGCGCGUCCAUGCUGCUGUUCGACACGCUGUCCGAGACCGCCGAGUUCGCGCGGCGGUGGGUGCCGUUCUGCAAGAAGUACGCCGUCGAGCCGCGGGCCCCCGAGUUCUACUUCUCGCAGAAGAUCGACUAUUUGAAAGACAAGGUGCAGCCGACAUUUGUGAAGGAGCGGAGGGCGAUGAAGAGAGAGUACGAGGAGUUUAAAGUAAGGAUUAAUGCGUUGGUGGCGAAGGCGCAGAAGAAACCAGAGGAAGGGUGGGUGAUGCAGGACGGAACGCCGUGGCCCGGGAAUAACACAAGAGACCACCCGGGAAUGAUUCAGGUGUAUUUAGGGAGCCAGGGGGCACUCGACGUAGAAGGGAAGGAGCUCCCCCGGCUCGUCUAUGUCUCACGUGAGAAGCGCCCGGGCUAUCAACACCACAAGAAAGCAGGCGCUAUGAACGCAAUGGUUCGAGUAUCGGCGGUGCUGACGAACGCGCCGUUCCUGCUGAACCUGGACUGCGACCACUACAUCAACAACAGCAAGGCGAUGCGAGAAGCCAUGUGCUUCCUGAUGGAUCCCCAGCUGGGGAAGAAGCUCUGCUACGUCCAGUUCCCGCAGCGGUUCGACGGCAUCGACCGCCACGACCGCUACGCCAACCGCAAUGUGGUCUUCUUCGACAUCAACAUGAAAGGUUUGGAUGGUAUCCAAGGGCCGGUGUACGUCGGCACGGGUUGCGUGUUCAACCGCCAGGCAUUGUACGGUUACGACCCGCCGAAGAGCGAGAAGCGCCCCAAGAUGACCUGCGACUGCUGGCCCUCCUGGUGCCGCUUUUGCUGCUGCUGCUGCUGCUCGCGAAAGUCCAAAUCCAAAAGCGACCACGACAACAAGAAGGACUUUUCUGCACCCUCCUUCGAGCGGCGGGGCUUCCUCGCGAAGCUCUACGGCGGUAAGAAGAGCAAGAGGAAGGAUGACGCCGUCGGCGCCGGCAUCGGGUACAAGAAGAGGCGGCCGGGGUUCGAGUUGGAGGAGAUCGAGGAGGGGCUGGAGGGGUACGAGGAGCUGGAGCGGUCGACGCUCAUGUCGCAGAAGAACUUCGAGAAGCACGGCGGGCUGCCGCAGGGACCGGCCGACGGCGCGGCGCUCAUCAAGGAGGCAAUUCACGUCAUCAGCUGUGGCUACGAGGAGAAGACCGAAUGGGGCAAGGAGAUCGGGUGGAUCUACGGGUCAGUGACGGAGGACAUCCUGACGGGGUUCAAGAUGCACUGCAGGGGGUGGCGGUCGGUGUACUGCGUUCCCGACCGGGCGGCGUUUAAAGGGUCGGCCCCGAUAAACCUGUCGGACCGGCUGCACCAGGUGCUGCGGUGGGCGCUCGGCUCUGUCGAGAUCUUCCUUAGCCGCCACUGCCCGCUCUGGUACGGCUAUGGCGGCAACCUCAAGUGGCUCGAGCGGCUCGCCUACACCAACACCAUCGUCUAUCCCUUCACCUCCAGAAAAUUUAUCAUCCCUACUCUGAACAGUCUGGCAAGCAUAUGGUUCAUCGCGCUGUUCCUGUCGAUCAUCGCGACGGGGAUCCUGGAGCUGCGGUGGAGCGGGGUGAGCAUCCAGGACUGGUGGCGCAACGAGCAGUUCUGGGUGAUCGGCGGCGUCUCCGCGCACCUCUUCGCAGUCUUCCAGGGGCUCCUGAAGGUCCUUGGGGGGGUCGACACCAACUUCACCGUCACGUCCAAGUCCGCGGGGGACGAGGAGGACGAGUACGGGGACCUCUACCUCUUCAAGUGGACCACCCUCCUCGUGCCCCCCACCACCCUCAUCAUCCUCAACAUGGUCGGCGUCGUCGCGGGCGUGUCGGACGCCAUCAACAACGGGUACGGGUCGUGGGGCCCGCUGUUCGGGAAGCUGUUCUUCGCCUUCUGGGUGAUCGUCCAUCUGUACCCGUUCCUGAAGGGGCUGAUGGGGCGGCAGAACCGCACGCCGACCAUCGUCGUGCUCUGGUCGAUACUGCUCGCGUCCAUCUUCUCGCUGGUUUGGGUCCGGAUCGACCCCUUCUUGCCGAAGCCGACCGGGCCGGUUCUCAAGCCCUGUGGGGUGGAGUGCUGAGGAAGCACAACAUCUCUCUAUUUGAAUGCGUUUUUGGCGCGCAUCAUUGUAUUGUAUGUUGUUGUGGGGGAGAGGAAUAGGGAUUAAUUAAUUGUUCCUUGUGUGUGAAUUUUGAACAUAAAAAAGGGUGUGGAAUUUACAAGUUUACAAUGAAAAGAAAGGAGUAAAUUUUGGAAUUUA